UGUCGAAGAGAGAGAGGGGAGUAGAUAAAGCCAGAGUCGGGAUCAUGAGCUCUGCACUGCCUUACGACUCGCUGUCAGCUCGGCCGAGUCCAAGCAGACAAGCCUUGGACUGGGAAUGCCAGCAGCUUGCUGUGCGACGACUUUCCUCUCCACGGGGAAUCGACCUGCUCUCUCCACCUCCUCUUCCUCGUCGACCCUCUGCAAUCCCUGGCUACCUGCUCUCAACCUACCAAGAGCAGGAAGAACAGCUCCACCAGCAGCAGCAGCGACUAUCCUUGUCUAUGUGCUCAGAGGCCUCCCUGGCGUCCCCUGAACCUCAACCCGCGGGCACUGCCACACCUUGCUGCCGCCCAGUGGGAGUGAUGCACCUCCUUCGCCUUGGUCUCCUGGCAUUCAGCUGUCUCUUCUGGGCAGCCGGCUUGGCCAUCUUCUCCCUGGGUGUGUGGGCACAGAUUUCACUGGCAGACUACAUGCUGCUGUCUGCCAAUCGCUACCCCAACGCCCCGGUCAUCCUUCUGUCCACAGGUGCAGCCGUCACCGCCUGGGGCUUCCUGGGUUGUCUAGGGGUGGCUGCAAACCUGCCCUGCGUGCUCAGGGCUUAUGGGUUCUUUCAACUUACUGCACUUAUAGCCGGUUUGGCAGCUGGACUCUCAGGUCUCUUCUAUCGCGAAGACAUUGCCGGAGGAUUUCGCAGUGGCCUUCACCGAGCGGUGGCCGGCUAUACCGAUGAUGAAGGCCGUGCCGAUGCAUUAGACAGCCUGCAGAGAGCCCUGGAGUGUUGUGGAGCUGAGGGUUGGCGUGACUGGCUCACUUCGGACUGGGCUAUACAACAUAUGACCUUCUUGCCCAACGAGAACGGCACCUCGGUGUCCCUGCCGGACAGCUGCUGUGUGAGCCGCAAAGGCUGCAAGAAUCGACCUCUUCUGUCUGAUGAUGUUGAAGGAGUAGCAGCUGCAGGAAUCCAUCAGCACGGAUGCUUCCGUAAAGUCUUCAGUUUGGUCAACGACAACGUCUUCCACAUUGCCGCCACUGUGUUGGGAUUGGCCUUCACCCAGAUUGGAGGCAUCGCCCUGGCUUGUCUGCUGGCCAACAAACUGGCACCAAGGCAACAUCGACGUGUAGUGGCACAUUAA